GAGGCGUACGUACGCGAGCGUACGGAGAUAGAGAGAGCAGAGAAGAAGAGAAAGACGAAAGAGGCGAGAGAGAAUUUCAAGAAUUUAUUGGAGGAAGCAAAGUUGCAUGGGAGGUCGUCAUUUUCAUCAUUUGCCUCAAAAUGGGGCAAGGAUUCGAGAUUCAAAGGAGUCGAGAAGAUGAGAGAAAAGGAAGAUAUAUUCAACGAAUACGUGCAAGAAUUGUACAAAAAAGAAAAAGAGGAACGACGAGAGAAAAAGGAAAAGAUAAAGAAGGAGUUUCACGCGAUGUUAUCAGAGAAGUGCACCAAUAUAACGCGUCGUACCAAAUGGUCAUCGGUUAAGAAGACACUGGAGGAUGACGAUAGAUAUAAAGCUGUGGAUGGAUCGUCGAAUCGUGAAGCACUAUUCCGCGAAUAUCAAGACCAAUUACCUGAGGAAACCAAUUCGGAUAUGGACGAAGAAAAUGACCGGCAGAAGCGCGAUGCGGCUGCGGAAGCGGCACUGCAGGAGAGAAAAAAAGAAGUGGAGGCAGAACUGGGCGAGCAGUUGAAGGAAAGAAGCAAAGAACACGAGAAACACAAAUAUCAGGAACAUGAGGAUUCGUUUAGGGCGUUGUUGAUUGAUUUGGUG